AUGAGUGGUUUGGGCCCUCAAAGUGUGUGGGCAGCCCAGAAACGGCUUGAAUCAUGGGCUCGGGCCGCCAGGGAACGGACAUCCAGUGCCAGCAGCGGACAGAGUCAUAACUCAACUGACAGCUACGGUGAUGACAAGUCACAUGGGAGCCCCAGUGAAAUGCUGAUACCAAAGGAGCACUGUCGCAUUCAACCGCUAAGUGAAACGCGAACUGCUACGUCACUCCCGCACGCGAGGCUCGCCCGCACGCCCUCUAUUUCAUCACAGAGCAGUCUGGAUAGCGGCACCUCUAGGGCUACUAGUCACCGAGGUUCUUCACCAGCGAUUCGUACAUUUGCUCCUGAUGGGCGAACCCUUGAGGCUGGUAUUAGCAUGCCAAGGUCACCGUCGCCUCUGAGAGCGGCGUCUCUUGAUGUUCGAGCCGCCCCCAUGGCCCACGGCUCACUCGCAUCCCUGGCCGAUUCUCCAGCACCACCAAGCCCCAGACAUGUUGUUCCACCCAGAUGUUUGUCACCGCUGCUUAUGCCGCCCAGAAGAAUAGACAGAAGCAACUCCUUGGUGGAAAGCAGCAGUGGAGCCGGGCCACUUAGCCCAGGCGGUGGGUCAACUAUCAGUUCCCUUGGGGCCCUUCAACCAGACCUUUACACGAAAAGAGAGGCCCCAUUGGUAAUAGAAUUGGAAGGGCCUGGACCAUCACUCGGGAGAAUCCAUUUGCGAUUGAAAUACGACUUCGAUCGAUCUGACUUGGAAGUUCAUCUUAUUGAAGCUCAUGAUUUGGCGGGCUAUGAAGCAGGGGGUUUCAACGAUCCCUAUGUGCGUGUGAGUCUCAUACCCGAAGUUGACACUCGGGUGCGCCAGACCCCAGUACACAGGAAUGAGGCCAACCCGUUCUUUGAUCAGCACUUCAAGUUCCCCGUAUCACAUGAUGAUCUCAGUGACAAGACUCUUCUACUUCAAGUUUUUGAUUAUGACAGAUUUUCCCGUAACGAAGUGAUGGGUUCAGCAAAAAUACCUCUGGCAAAAGUGGAAGUGGCAGGUGGAGCCGAAGUCUGGGCUGAACUUUCCCGAGAGAGAAGACCGCCCGAAGAGUUGCAAGAACUAUUGUUAUCCUUGUCUUACUUGCCUUCUGCUGAACGACUGACCGUCGUGGUAUUGAAGGCUCGUAAUCUUCUGCCUCCGCAGGAGGGGAAAGAUGCUUUGGAUGUUUGCGUGAAGGUCUACCUCUUGGUGAAUGGAAAGAGAGUGAAGAAGAAGAAGACGAAUAGGAAAGAGAUAAAUAAUCCUGUAUGGAACGAGGCGCUUUCUUUCAGCCUAUCGUCUUCCAACCUACAGGAAGCUUCAGUUGAAAUAUGUGUGGUAACUGGUGGCAGUAACAACUUAGUUGUAGGCUGGUGCUGCGUGGGCGCAGCUGAGCCAGCCGCUGAAGGCCGCCACUGGGCACAGAUGGCGCAAGAGACGCGCAAAGCUGUCGCUAUGUGGCACACGCUCAGAUAA